UAUAUAUGUUCUGCUGCAACAACAACUUCUAUAUAUCUCAUCUACCACUUUUGUGAUCUCUUAGACUUUGUAGUUUCAAAUCAUAUCAAUCGAUAUGGCGACUGUGGAAAGGCGUGUGCAAGUCGACCCAACUGACAAACGAAUUCAUCUUCAGCCGCAGUACGAAGGUGAUGUCGGUUAUGGUUAUGGUUAUGGUGGUCGUGCUGAUUACAAGAGUAGCGGCCCCUCCAGUAACCAAAUCGUGGCACUUAUAGUAGGAGUUCCCGUUGGUGGCUCACUGCUAGCCUUAGCUGGACUCACUCUAGCCGGCUCAGUGAUAGGUUUGAUGCUCUCUGUUCCGCUCUUCCUCCUCUUCAGUCCCGUUAUUGUCCCGGCCGCUAUCACCAUCGGGCUAGCUGUGACCGCAAUCUUGGCUUCUGGGUUGUUUGGGCUGACGGGUCUAAGCUCGGUCUCAUGGGUCCUAAACUACCUCCGUGGGACGAGUGAUACGGUUCCGGAGCAAUUGGACUAUGCUAAGCGCCGUAUGGCUGACGCAGUAGGCUAUGCUGGCCAGAAGGGAAAAGAGAUGGGUCAGUAUGUGCAGGAUAAGGCCCAUGAAGCACAUGAUACUAGUCUGACCACUGAGACCACUGAGCCCGGCAAGACAAGGAGGCACACAUAAAACUGCGGGCUUCUGUUGGACAGUCGAUUAUGUAAUUUUACUUUCGUGUCCCAGUUUCUUCCUUGUAGAAUCUUCUGUCAAUAUGUAUGUGUACGUUCAUUUUGUCAUGUCAAAAUAAAAACAGCUGUGAGUGAAAUAAGAACGAAAUAAACCUGUUAUCUUUUCUUUA